CCACUCCCACUCCCCACUCCCCCCGAGCUCAGUGAGCCCCAGCACCAGCAGCCGCCGCCGGAGCCGGAGCCGGAGUAGGUCACCGAUGGCCGGGUUCGCCACCUCGCGGCCGGCCUCCCUCGCUCUCUCCGGCUUCCUCAUCUUCCUCAACGUCUUCGCCUUCCUCCUCGCCGUCGGCGCCGAGCAGCGACGCAGCACCGGCAAGGUGGUGCCGGACGAGUACGACGAGCGGUCCUACUGCCUCUACGACACCGACGCCUCCACCGUCUACGGCGUCUGCGCCUUCUUCGUGCUCCUCCUCGCGCAGCUGCUGGUCACCGGCGUCACCCGCUGCCUCUGCUUCGGCCCGGCCCUCUCCUCCCGCGGCUGCGCCCUCGCCGCCUUCGCCGUCUCCUGGCUGACGUUCCUCAUCGCGGAGGCAUGUCUCGUCGGAGGAUCCGCGAAGAACGCGUACCACACCAAGUACCUCGGCUACUACACGAAGCAUGACCUGGUCAGCUGCGCCGCGCUCCGCAAGGGGGUGUUUGCAGCAGCCGCCGCCAUGACGCUCAUCAACCUGGUGGCCUCCCUGGUGUACUACUGGAGCUACUCGAAGGCGGCCGACGGCGGGUUCAUCAAACACCAGAACGAGGCUGGCGUGGGCAUGACCGACUACGGCCUCGACAGGGGCAGUGGCCCUGGGCUCUGAGUGAGUGGCUUUGUGUUGCUUUGCUUGUCUUGUGGGCUGGGAGGUUGCUGUAACUUGCUUGUCUUGUGGGCUGGGAGGUUGCUGUAACUUAUGCGUGCCUGAAGCUCUGUUGUUGCACCUGCAUUUGAUGACCAGAGUGACACGCAAACGGUACUGUAACUGCAUAAUAUGUUUAUAGUUUGGAUCGCCCUUGGUGACAUAGUGUGGAUCGCCUUCGGUGAUAUCGUCGUCUUGGGUGUGUACUCGAGAGACAAUGUUGCAAGAACUGUCAUGGUAAAAGUAAAACAUUGCGGUGUAA